CCGAGGCAUCGACCGGUCCUCAUAAAUGCACGUCAGGUUACAGGUGAGAAAUCUGUGGUCGGGGGCAGUGUUAUGAGUCUGAAGAAGAAGAAGAAGAAGAAGAAGAAGAAGAAGAAGAAGAAGAUGAUGAAGAAGAAGAAGAAGAAGAAGAAGAAGAAGAAGAAGAAGAAGAAGAAGAAGAAGGAGGAGGAGGAGGAGGAGAGAGAGAGAGAAGCUGACGAGGGAGGGAGGAGAGGUCCUCCGGCUCCCAGGUACCUCAGGCGGCAAUGGCCGCAGUGCUGGCUCAGUCGCCCUGCUGCUGCUCCGCUUGCUGCUGCGCUAAUGCUGCGCUGCCGCUGCUGCUCCUUGCUCGCUCCUGCGCUAAACUUAGCGCAUCAAAACAGCGCUCUGGCGCUGACCAUACCGUACCGGUAUAGUGCCGGUAGGUCGAUGCCUCCAAGUGAGGCUGUACCGGUACUUUAUACCGGUGGGGCAGAGGCCGGCCUCAAUGCUGCGAGGCCUGGCCAYGCCCUGAACCGUCCAGAUGGACGGUUCAGCCCCAACCAGCGGGCGGCAGCCUCAAGAGCGCCGCCAGGCCCAAACGAUAAUGCCGUUUGGGCCUGCCCGUUGGGUACUGGUCCAAGAUCAGGCCCUGAGGGCCUGUGUCCCUCCGACCCUAAGUCGGGUCCGGUAGGGCCCGUGUGCGUCGAAGAUGUAACACGUGCACUCAGUCGGCCGACCACUUUCUUGGUGUUAGAAUCAGGAGAGGAAAGGAGACUGCGGAGAGAAGCUAGGGAGAGGGGCAUAUUGCAGAGGGCAACGGCAGCAGCAGCCGACGCUGAGAGAGCACUAGCAGCAGCCACAACAGCAGAAGCUAGAGCCACAUCAGAGGCAGCCAUGGCUACCGCCUCUGCUAUGUCACAGGGCUCGUCCCAAGCCUCUUUGUCAGGAAUAAGUCGGGGUAUGUCAAGGUCUACCCCGAGUCAGAGCGCUGGCUUGCAGGUCAGCCAGCAGCAACCCAUGUCAAAUGAGGAUUAUGAGAUCCAGCAAACGAAUGUUCUCCAUGCAGAGUUACAGCGCCCGUUACGGGAAGUAGAAGAAAGGAGAGAGAGAGUUAGACUUAGAAAAGCCAGGCUAGAGUCAAGGGCAGAGGAGCUAGGCAAACUAGAAGCUAUAGAUGAGUCGACACUUGAUCCUGUGGUGCAGUCCCUUCGGAACUCCUUGUUGAGCGUAGUCGAAGAGCAGGACGUACAACAGGACAUGUUGGCGGCACUGAUAGCCAACCAGAAUCAGAUUCUGACCGCAUUGAGGGCGCUUCGACCUCCGGUGAGGCCACCCCAGAUUGCUGUAGUUCCCCCUACGGUUGCAGGUCCUUCGAUGACGCUGCCGCCGACAGGGCAGCCCUUUGCCCCACAGUUUGGCAUACCCCCAUCAGGCCGAGUAGCAGCAGGUAGUAGUGGGCAGAUUCCUGCACAACCUUAUUCAUUCCCCCAUUCAGUGGCUGCUGCUACAGGGCAGCCACAAGUGCAGCAGCCCUUACAACAGGGUCCACCGCAGCAAAAGAAAGUGCUGCUGCAGCAACAAGUGCCGCCGCAGCGGCCUGUUCAACCAGUUUCUCAACCGAUGCAGCAGGCACAGGGUGCUGUACAGCCUAUGCAGUGGACAGCCAAGAUACCCUUGUUGAGUCCUAAGCCCUCCUUUGGCGACAAGAAGAAGGACGGGGACCUGGAUACCUGGGUGAGGACUGUACCUACGUAUGUGAGGCACAAGCUCACUAGGACAGAGGAGGAAGUCAUUGUCGCUGCAUCCUUUCUCGAAGGAUCUGCAGCUAGAUGGUUGAAUGGGUUAGUACAGCAGCAGGGCUACGGUCAGAACUUCGAUGGCUGGGCAUAGGUCAGAACAUUGGAGGAGUUUGUACGGCUGGUCUAUCACAGGUGGCAUGACCCCCAAGGGGCUCAGAAGGCCACUGACUCGCUUGCAAGUCUGGAAUCAAAGAGAUACAAGAUA